GCCCAAACAUAUGCAACGAGUGCAGUUAGCAUCCUCUCUUUUUCAGCAGUGAAGCUCAAAUGCUAGGGUAACCCAGCAAGAACUCUUGGGUGCUGCAGGCGGAAGCCAACUACUAUUAGAGACGGGCGUACAGGCUGGAUUGGUGGGAUAUAACAGAGUCCCCGAAGCUUGCAUCAUGGGGACCAGGCCACUAAAUUCUGAAACUAUUGGUGGCCGAGCUAGUCCGGAUUGCCGCGUCCUUGACUGUCAGGUGGCUCCCACUUGCUUCGCUUUGUCUUUCGACCAUUUCAUGACCAUCGUACUAUCUAUGGUAACAUCGCCUAUACUUUGGGGUUUAGAGGGCAUUGGUUGGGACGGAUCUCUAAUCUCUGCUGCAUGCAUGAGAUUGAGACACGAUGCUUGUACUUUUGAACUUGAGAAGUGGGACCGGAGAAGUCAGGCAGAAAAUCGAAGAAAAUAAGAAAAUAAGAUAAUAUUGACCAUUGGAAUAAGG